AUGACGUCGCCCGUCGAAUACUCCUUUUUUGUGUCUGGCGCCCCCUCCUGGCCACAUAGCGAACCCCAACAAGGCGAUUCGUCGCAAGACCACCCCUUGGUGUUCUUGGAUGAAGCGUAUGAUACCAACGUACCCAGGGCUAACACGGACCUGUGCUGGACUUGGGUCCAAGCAGAGGAAGACCUCGGAUCAAUCAGCCAAGAAGAAGCCAGUGGCUCUGUUACUCCAAUCAGGAACAAUUGGGCUAUCGUCCCCGAUUGCACUGACAUCAAAAUCGUAGAGAAAGCCGAGGAUGAGGAGUGUCACACAACGUCAUCCAAGUUGCCGAUUGGCAAGACUAAGCAGCCAGCUAAACCACGGGGCCAACUUUCGCCCGCAAAGCGCAUAGAGACGGGCAAGACCCGUCAAAUGGUGGCUUGUGUGCGGUGCCAAAUGCAACGUAUUCGAUGUGUUCCCAAUCCUUAUGACGAGAAGGAGGACUGUGUGAAGUGCCUCUUAAUGGCAAAGGAUUCCAAGAAGGUUAUCCACAGGAUCCCUUGCUAUCGGGUUAAGCUGACUUCCUACGUACCUUUCCGAACUGAAGGGUUCAAUUUCACGAGGCGAUGGGAAGGCACCGCCGUCAAAGACCUCGGACCCGAGGACUGGGAUAGUCCAGAGUCAAUUGACAUUGAGUGGUCUCUGGGCUUAUGUGACAAGCCUAUCAGGUUCAGGGUCCGGAAAUUCAAACCCCUUCCACAUGACGUCACAGUUAGAAAGUGGAGGGACAAGCAAGGAAGGAUUCGAAUAACAGAUAUUCCCCCUUACGCCUUGACUGAUAUCUACAAAGCAACCAAGGUAUUCAGUCAAUACCUUGCCGAGAAUGCACAUUUGGGAGUGGGACAUUUCUGCCGCCAUGACGAUGCUCAUGAGCUUUACAUAUCAUGUGGUGUCAACGUUCACAAAUUUAUGGAUAACCUCUUUCGACUUUGGUUUGCCAUGAGGCAUCAAACCGGCUCUGCAUUUCUCGUGGGCAAAGAGACAUUAGGGAAACAGAGGGACGAUGACCAUCCAGACUAUCCAUUGGAAAAUAAAUGCAGCGUCCCGCGCAUGGUCAGUGAACAGUUCAACGCCAUGAAGAUCGAACGGAUCUUGAAACCGAUGAAAGAAAAGGUCUUCAAGGAUCUGUGGACCCUCAUGCAAAGCAAAAGCCCCGAGUGCUUCUUUACCAUCUACGUCGCCGUCUUCAUUCUCCUAUACGAGGUCUCGGCCGCGUCGAAAGAUCGAUAUCGUCAUGCAAGAGACAACGACGUCAAAGCCAGGUACAAUAUGCCCCGCUUCGUGGAGCAACUGCAUCAGGGAGCGCAGAUGAUCCUCAUGUUCUGGCAUUACUACAAGCGCGGCCUAGAGCCUCUCACCGCGGACUGGGAGGCGAAGAGAAGAAAUCGAAGCUCAAAGAAUCUGUUUCGAGACAUUAGCCGUGCGCAGGAGCAUCUAAUGAGGGCACUGUCCGAUGCGAGGCUCAAGCCAUGUGCGUCUUUCCACCACGAGGAUACACGAGAAUACUCUGUGGCUCUCCUGACACUGCCUCGUGUACCCCCUUACCCCGUUCCUUCCCUUCCCUUUCCUUCCCUUCCCUUUCCUUCACCUCUUCGUGUCUGGCACUAA